AUGAUGGCCACUCCACGCGAACUUCUCGCCGAAUUCACCGACCACAAUAUGCUCACCCCUUGGACACCUUCUCCGAGAACUGUAUUCCAAACCGAAGAAGAUGGAGCCGAACAAAAUGACAUGCACGAGUGCUGCGAGUACAUCUCUUUUGCUCUCCAUCUCACCGACAGAGCUUCUGGCAACAGAGUCUACUUCGGAGUUUACGACGAUGCCGAAGAGCUCAUUCAAAAGGUCCUUGACUUUGCCCUCACCACAAACCCUGAGUUCUACCAAUUCGCCCUCGACGCUUACGCCGACUGGGUGAGAAAUGGCAGAGCUUCCCUUUGGGCCCCCGAAUCCUUCCUUCAGCAGAUCAGUGAACGUACGUACUUCAUCUGGUCCUCUACUCGCAACUACAACUUGAGCGACGAAAUGGCUUGGACCCCAUGCGCCGAUCAAUGGGCUGAUGUUCACCUCCAGGAAAUCCUCAAUCCCACCGACCACGCCUCCUCAAACCUCCCUGAAUUUGCAAUCCGCCCCUCUACCGCCGAUCGAUUCGCCCAACUCAACAACAUUACUCUCCUCACUGAAAUCCUCGAAACCACCACAUUCUUUAGAAACAUUCGCAAAACUAGAUUCUUGACUUUGGGCGAGCCUGCUGUUACAUUUACUCAGGCCGUUUGUGAGCAGAUGAUUCCUUCUCUCCGCAGAGCUCAAGAUAUGCCUAUUCCUGAUCAGAUGGUCGAAUGGGUCCAAGAGGUUGAUGAAAUGGUUGUCGGCGAGUUGAGUCAAGGAAGAAGACCGGCUGACGAUGCUUUGUUUGGUUCUAUGGCUAUUCGCAACUUGGGCGGCGCUAUCAUUUCUGAUGAACAGUUUGCUUGGGGUGUUGGUGUCUACACUGAUGCUUACAUGAGCGGCUUGCUUUAG